AUGGAUUUCGAGUUUACUAACAUUCAUAGAACGAGUAAGGUCCUUAUAUCUGGAGCGAUAUCGAACAGUUUGGACCGGUUUAAGAUAAGGAAGCUAGAAGGACGACCGUUAUAUCUGCCAGAAAACGGAGAAGUAAGACCGAUGAAGGAUCGAGAGGUACUAGUAGCACAAAAGGCAUUAGCACGAAUUUUUAAGGCAAAACCCGAACUCAGGGACCUAUGUCUAGACCAACUGAAUCAGAGUCUUAGAGCACCAGUAAAUAGUUUGAAUGCGACCUAUAUAAAAAACUAUAUACUGCGUGACAAUAAGAUUAAUGUGAUUGUGGUGUUUGGAGGUAGUUCCGACAGAGAAAUUUUAAAGAGAUUAGGAAUUAAUUUUCCAUUAUUAGAUAUGCGCUGUUACGAUAAAAAUUUAAACCGACAAUUUUAUUUACAAUUAGAGGACGUAUCAAACAAAAGAAUUAUUUUUGAAAUAGAAGUAGGGUAUUAUGACAAAUCGGGAAGGAUAUUAAACCUUACCGAGUCACACAAUUUAAUAUGUAAAAAGAAACACAGUCGCUACGCGAAUAAACACAAAAUAACUUAUGCACAUGAUCCACGCACAGACGUCAUAUACACAAAAUGA